GUCUACUCUCUGCUGGUGGUUGGGCAGAUGCAUGAUGAGAACUUUUAGCUGAGGCUCCCAGGACUUCCUGGAGGUUCAGGUGUUCGUUGAGAGGAGCCGAGACAAGAACAGCAGCACCGUGAAUCAGGCCGAAGAUCAAAAUAAUCUGCGUUCACUGCAGGUCAGGUCAUCACAAAAUUGCAACAUCUCCAGAGGUUGUUUUAUUUGCACCAACCCUCCACCUCCUGCCUGUAGCAGGACUCGUCGUUGUUGGUGAUGCGUCCAACUACAGCUGUGUCAUCUGCAAACUUCCCAGUCAGGAUGGGGCUCAGCACACAGCCCUGAGGGAUACCUGCGCUGAGGGUGAUGGAGGAGGAGGAGACGUCGUGGAUCCUCACAGACUGCGGCCUCGCUGUUAAAAAGUCCAGCACCCAGUUGCAGAGGCUGGAGCUCAGCCCAGGUGUUGUGAGUUUUUGAACCAGAGUCUGUCGUCUGAUGGUGUUAAAAGCAGACGUGAAAUCCACAAAGAGUAGGUGGACAUAAGAGUCUUCUUCACUGUUGCUGGGGUUACGCUGAGAGAACACAGAAAAAAAAGGUAUUAAUGGCCUACAUUAAAUAUAUUGGUGAGUAAAGGAGUUAUGCAGGCAGCACUGCAGCAGCCCUGCAACGAAACGACCAGCAGUAAUUCAAGCAUGUAGAAAGGCAAAGGCCCUGCUAUGUUAAAGGACUGUGGAGAGUUGCAGCAGCUGCUUGGUGGGAGAUUGGGUGGUCAUGUGGAGACAAGUGGGAAGUUCACUCAUACACAUGCUCCAACAAUUCUCAGUGCUGAUGCAAAUCUGGCCUACCAGUUAUUAGUUCAUGAGCAGCGGAAACCCUGCUGUGAACCAGAAAAUUCUGCUUACAGUAACUUCUGGUAACAAGUGCAUCUUAUUUUCAUAAAUAUUAGUUUUUUUUAACAACUUCCCCAUUUUUCAGUCAACUCUUGGUUCUUUUAGAGCGUUGCUUCAGUGCCAUGGAAGCUGAGUGCUCUGCAGACCUUCUGAACGAACUGGUUUAAAUAUAAAGAUGGCCGGAGCUCUGACUUUCCUUCUCACAGUCUCUCUGAUGCAGGGUGUCCAGAGUGGAGGGUGGAAUGUCUCUGUGCCUCCGACCGUGGAGGUCAUGGCUGGAUCCCCACUGACCAUCCGCUGCUCCUUUGAGAUCGAGGACAUACAUAAAAAUGACUUAAACUCUAUUUGCAAAGCAAUUUGGUUAAGUAAAGAUGAGCACUCCACUUACUAUGAUUCAAAGCUAAGAGGGACUAUUAAAACGACAGGAGACCUGACAAAGAAAGACUGCACCACAACCUUCCACAACUUGUGUCCUCAUCACUCUGAUACAUAUUACUUCAGACUGGAAUGUCCCAAUCGCCUGAAAUGGUCUUUUACAGAUACACUGGUGAAUCUUGUUGUGAAAGAGAAUCCUCGCAUGCCGACUCUGAACCCGUCCACACUGGAAGUGAAGGAGGGAACCUCAGUGAGUCUGAGCUGCUCUGCUCCGGCUGCCUGUCUGUCUCAUCCUCCAACUCUGACGUGGACCUCCCCCCUGGAAGACAGUCAGAGGACACUGCAGGAGAAUCAGGACAAAACUAACAUAGUGACUUCUGUUCUGAGCUUCACUGCUUCUCACCUCCAUCACACAAAGACUUUCUCCUGCACAGCCGUCUACAGGAAACCAUAUGGACGCCUUGAUGAACAUACCAUAAGUUUAACAGCUUUUAUUACGUUUUCACCUAAAGACACCAGAGUCCUUGCCAGUCCAUCUGGUCCAGUACCAGAGAACACAGCUGUGACUCUGACAUGCAGUAGUGAUGCCAACCCUCCAGUAAAGAGCUACACCUGGUACAGAGCUGAUGGACACAAGGAGACUGUCAUUGGGACUGGACGUGUUUUAACCAUCACAGCAUCAACUGUUAGCAGGUUCUUCUUCUGUAAAGCUGGAAAUGACUUCGGAGACGGACGUUCUGGAAAACACGUGAUAGAUGUUCAGUAUUUACCUAAAGAAACCAGAGUUUCUGUCAGUCCAUCUGGUCCAGUACCAGAGAACACAGCUGUGACUCUGACAUGCAGUAGUGAUGCCAACCCUCCAGUAAAGAGCUACACCUGGUACAGAGCUGAUGGACACCAGGAGACUGUUAUUGGGACUGGACGUGUUUUAACCAUCACAGCAUCAACUGUUAACAGGUUCUUCUUCUGCAAAGCUGGAAAUUACCUCGGAGAUGGACGCUCUAAAUACAGUAAAAUAGAUGUUCAAUUUCCUCCACAGAUCCUGCUCUCAUCUGUCUGCAACACAACUGCAGGUCUGGUCAACUGUUCCUGUGAGACUGAAGGAAAUCCUUCUCCUUCUGUGCAUUGGUAUUUGGAUGGACUACCUGUCAAUCAAUCUGGAAAGUUUGCAGUCAGCAAGGACUCUCUGAAUGACAAACAUGUGAGGAGCAUCAUCACAGUGAGUCAGCCACAGGAGAGAGAUCUGUCCACCUUGCUCUGCCGCAGCUUCAACUAUCUCGGAUCAGCCAAUCACCGGUUUUGUGGCAACUGUCUUCAGAUCUCAGCAGAAAAUCAAGUUUCAGAUCGACAACUGCUGCAUGUGUUCAUCGCAUCUACGGUUUUACUGGGAUUAAUAUGUGUUCUGCUGUUUUGUAUAAGUGUUGUGAAUUACCGCCGUAACACCAAGAGUCAGCUCACGAAUGAAAUCCACGCUAAUGCUUCAGGUCAUCUUCUAAGACGUGAACAAAAUGAGGUAGACAACACGGAAGACGAUGACAGCUAUGUCAACACCAGUGAGAUGAAACGGGAAGUUGCCGUCCGCCCAGCAGCUAGAUCCCAGCUGAACAACGGCCCUGGCAACGCAGAGGGAGCCAGUAAAAGCUCAGGGGAGAAUGGUGAAGACGUGGUUUACACCAGUGUGAUUUGGAAGAGCAAAGCUAAGAAGGAGAAGAACUCUGUAGACAUGGAUCCAUCUGAGCGUGCCCAUGCGGAGGAAGAGAAAUGCGCGGCAGGGGGUGUCUCCAGAAAUGUCAUGGGUGAAACACAAGAGAUGGGGAUUCCGCACAAUGAAUUGGGGCCUAGAAAUUUGAGGAAGAAAGUAGAAUGUGAAUACGCGCACGUUAAAUUUAAAAACAAGACUGGUUAGCUGAGUUGGGCAUCUGCUUCGCAUUGUACUUGGUGCUGAGAAAUAAUUGUCUUGCUCUGAUGUUUCAUUAUUGGAGUUAAUUCAAGAAUGACUUGUAAUAUAGGCAUGACAACAAAGAGAAGAUCUGUCUUCCAUGAGAGGGACUUUUAUAACAUUUCACAUUGGUAAAGUUACAGCUUUAUUACUCAAUGGUCACUCCUUGAAGUCUGACUCAUCCAAAGUAUUCCCAGAAUGGUUUCACAUUAAAGGUGGAUGGCACUGCUGAAGACAAGAUAUGAUUUUUUAUUCCUAAUUGUGCCGAAUUUUGAAAAUAAAGCUCUGAUUAAUCAUUCUUCAUAUAUAUCACUGCAGAUCUAUCUAACUGGAGACUUUUCAUGCCAUAUGUUGCUAACUUUAUUUUGUUUAAUAAAUACAUAUGACUCUUUAUGACAAGUUGACAUAACAUCCUGAGGUCUUAAUGAAAGGUCUGAGACACGCUUUGGUUAAAGAUAAAGAUUGUGUUACGUCUCUCUUUUCGGCCACGUCUUUAUCUCUGUAGCAGAAGCUUUGAGGGGUGAAGUCAGCCUCUAAACCCCACCUCCUUUUUCAGAGGCAUGCUUGUCUUUUUUUAGGAGGAAUUUAAUUAGGCAGUCACUUCAAAAACCUGAUAUUAUGCCUUUGCAAGAACGGAACAUGUUCACUUUUUAUUAUAUUACCAAUGUCUCUUUUUUAUGUAGCUGGCUUUAAAGAUGAAAACAUUGCUUAAUAUAGUAUAUUACUAAUAUGUUUUAAAGUUACAGUAAAUCAGUACUUUAUGUAUGAUUUUACUAAAAACAAACUUACAUUUCUUGCUGGUACUGUGAAUUAUGUAUGAUUUAAUUUCAAAGUCACAGAACUUAGUGAAGUGGACAAGACAGUCCAAAAGGUGUACCUUUUUGUUGAAAGUUGAAAAUUAUGCUUAUACCAGCAGUAUGGCAUUUUGUGGCAACACUUCAGACUGCAGCUGUGAAAAACUGUUAGACGUUUCUUAGCUGAUGACUUUGCAAACCAUUAAAUGCAAUUAUGUAAAUUAUGUUCUCUUCAUUUUUGUAACAGCAGGGUAAGAUGUUAAAUGUGGUCAUAAGGGCCCUUUAUGUUGUUUUCAAGUAUUUCAAUACCUUUAAAUAUUGGUAUUUGCUGAAGCUGUGAUGCACAAGCACAUGCUGGCCUGGCCCUAUGAUUAUUUAGAGAUGUUCGAACCAUUGUGUUAUGUAGAGUCAUUUGAACUACCAACUACCUUAUAAUCUAGCAGGAAUGAGGAGUUCAGACGUGGCAUACUUUGUAUAUACUUUGCAAGUACUGUAAAACUUGGGAGAAUGUACUUGUAAUAUUUGGUGGACACUGUUAAGUCUUUCUCCAUGUUUGGAUCUGGGCCCUCUCCGUCCAAGAAGGCAUGUGUUUGUUUGUGUCCCUACUACUCUACUCACCAUUCCUGGAUAAAAGCCCUCGGUUUCCACCCCACUCAUCGCCAGAUUGUUCAGUCUUGUUGUCAGCUACAGACUUGCUGGUCACCUUAUGGAUACUUUUGAAGUACUUGAGCACAGCCUGUCUUUGUCUUAUCAGCGUUCAAGCUCCACCAACCUGAGACUCUUGAGUCCGGUAUUGAACAAAACAGUCCUGUCGGUAUAACAGCGUACUUCAGGCCGCAUGCGGCUCUUUAGCGCCGCCCUAGUGGCUCCCUGGAGCUUUUUCAAAAAUG